UUGUCAUAUCUUGAAAACGUUUAUACUCCUUAGAGCAAUGAAGUUGGAGGAAGCUAUCACAUGGAGAAGGAGGGCCUGAAGCGUUCCCUAGAUCUUCUGGAUUCAAAUGGUCUGAUGGUGGACUACAUUGUGACUGACCGACAUCCACAAAUCCAAAAGUUUUUGAGAGAACGCAGCAUUACACAAUACUAUGAUGUGUGGCAUUUUGAAAAAGGUUUGUCAAAGAGACUAGCCCUUCUGGCAGAAAAAAAGGGCUGUGAGAUUUUAAAGAAAUGGUUGCGCAGUAUUAGAAAUCAUGUUUACUGGUGCGCAACAUCUUCAACUUCUGGACCUGAGAAGGUGGCCAAGUGGAACUCCUUGAUAAACCAUCUUCAAAAUGUGCAUGUCCAUGACGACCCUACAUUUUCCAAAUGUGAACAUCCGGACCAAGAGUCUAGCAAUUCAACGAAAUGGUUAACACCAGGGUCAAUGGUUCUACAUAAAGUAGAAAAAAUCUUAGUCAAUAAGAGAGUCCUCAGGGAUGUCGGGAAGCUAAGCCAUCACCAUCAAACAUCAUCAGUGGAGGCCUUCCAUAGCCUGAUUCUUCGAUUUGCACCCAAAAAUGUGGUCUUCCCAUUUAUUGGAAUGCUGUGCAGAUUGUACCUUGCAACCAUGCAUUAUAAUGAAAAUGCAGACCGUGAGCAAGCUGUAACAAAAGCAGGAGAGGCAAAGUUCAAGGUUGUGUUCCCAAAAUCUAAGAGAGGGGAAUGCAUCGCAAGGCCAGUAAAAACACAAGCGACAUACUUUUAUGUGGAUGACCUGAUCAGGCUUGUGUUUGACGAGGUGCUUGAGGACCCAGCUCCAUUUGUUGAAAAGCUGAAGGAAAUCCCGAUUCCAUUGGACCUGGCAUCACAAUUCGAGAGGCCUUCCAAGGAGGACGUGAUUGAACGCAAUCUCACGCGCUUCAGUGUAGGGGUGGUCGGAAGCCGACAUACCGACCAGCCUGAUCGGGAAACUCCAAGCGGAUCCUGAGAACAACACACGAUGGGAUGACAACCCUAUUGUGUCGUCCUAGAUAGCCCCAACACCAGCUGACAAAGCUUCGAUAUGCUGUGUAUCUGUAACCUCUGUAAGCAUUAAAAUGGACAAUUAUUCACAGGAGAACAAUAUAGGAUAUAGUAUAGUAUAUUAUAAUUACUAAAGCAUGUUUAUUUGUAU